ACCAUUCUAAUCUGUUUAGACUAAGUGUCGUGUGGAGCUGUUGAUAUCAAGAAGGUUUUAUACUACUAUUUAAUUUGCUGUUUUCACCUUCUUUUAUCUCGUAUUUCGCAAGACACAGAAAUAAGGGUGAGAAUAUAUCACCAUUGCGUUAAAGGUUUCCAUUAUCCCAAUUUUUACUUUGAAAAAUACGAACAUGACAAAAAUUAGCGAAGUAGUCUUCUCAAACUCAAAGUUUGGAGUAAGCUAACACAGUGAGUAAUACUAACAUCAAAUAUGGGAAAGUUAAAAGCCUUUGAGAUUGUUUUUGACAGAAGUAAAACUGUCUUCUACCCAGGGCAAGAAGUUAGCGGAAAAUGUCUUGUGGAUUUGAGCGGAGACAUGAAAAUGAAGUCUCUUCGCGUGUUUAUGAGAGGUGUGGCAAAAGUACAUUGGACAGAAUCUAGAAGUACUGGAAAUCGUCUUGGAGCAUACACUGAACAUUACAAUGCUGAAAUUGAAUAUUUCUUUAAAAAACAAGUUUUGUUUGGUGGAGAUGCAGGGGAUGGACGGGAAGUACUGACUGAAGGUCAUCAUGAAUUCCCAUUUUCUUUCGAGCUUCCGUCUGGGGGAAUUUCUACAUCAUUUGAAGGCAAAUAUGGCAGCAUACGGUACUGGUUGAAGGCAGAGGUGGAGAAACCAUGGGCAUUUAAUCACAAGACCAAAAAGGCUUUUACUGUAAUUAGUCCUAUCAACAUAAAUAGGACAGAGUACGUGAUGGCAGUUGAGAACAGCAUAGAGAAAACAUUAUGUUGUUUUUGUUGUACGUCGGGGCCCAUAUCACUGUAUGCUCACACUGACAGAAAAGGUUACUGUCCAGGAGAAUCUAUAGCUAUCACUGCUGACUUUGAAAAUCUUUCCUCACGAACCAUCAUUCCUCAUGCGACCCUCCACCAAACCCAGACAUUUGUAGCUGGUGGGAAGUCUCGCUCUCGUAUUUCUAAGUUCACCAUAGUCACAGGCCUAGCUAUCCAGCCAGGAAGGACAGCCAAUUGGGAUGCUCAGCUUCUGAAGAUUCCAGCAGUAUCACCUUCUAUCAUCAACAGUUGCCUGAUAAGAGUAGAUUAUGCUGUUAGGCUCACUCUACAGAUCCCAGGUGCUUAUAACUUAUCAGUAGACUUGCCUGUAGUAAUUGGAACAGUUCCAUUACGCACUCGUCCAUCAAAUUAUACGACACUGUUUUCCAAUGUGGAGGACCUCUCUGUACCAAAUGAGUCAGUGUUGGCAUAUUAUCCACCUGCUCCUCCUUACAGUGAAGUGGAAAUAUCCUCCAUUCCCGAGGAGCCUCCUCCUACGUAUGCCGAGUGUGUAGAAGGUUCAGUUGACAUAACAGAUGAUGAUGACGAUGGGGACAUUAUGGGAGAAACUCGCUUUACGCCAAUGUAUGCUUAUGUCCAUGAUUACCAGUACCAACCUCCUCCUGCAUAUUCUGAGGUGGACCCUCACCCAGCUCCAGUUGCUGAAGGAGGAAGUGGACAAGGAUGAAUGAAGCAAAGAUAUGAUCCAGUUUGAUGAGUUAGUUUUCAAUAUGCCUCUUCAAGAGUGUCUUAUAAAGAAGAGAAAAAGUUGGUACUUCUGAUUAUUGCUGUGUGUCUCGAAUAGGCUGAAUGUACAGCCCUGGUAACCAGCUUCUUAUUGGUGUGGGUGUCUACAGUAUGAUGAACUUUCAUUAGUUUGUUCACUGUUUCAAGCCACUUCUCUGUUCCAUUUAGAUGUUCUUUUAAAUAUGGCAGUGUAGUUAAUGUUGAGUGAAAUCUUUUUUUCUUUGAGCUGAAGUCAUACAAGUAAUUGGUCUUGUAACUUACUGGUAUAAAAAAAACAAAAAAAAACUGUAGAGUACACAGUGGUGUGAAAUCAGAUUAGUACAGAUAAACCAACAUGCUGAUCUUAAAUCUAUUGAGUAAAUACAGUGCUAUAAAAUCAGCUUUCUAACUUGAAAUCCGUUUAUUAAAUAGUCUUGUGAAAUUAUCAUAAAUCAGCACAAUCUUUAAUAUACCUAAGAACAUUGCCAUGAAAUAAAAUAAAUAGAAAGAGAAUAUGUUUAGUAAUGUGUGUUAUACUUUAAAAACGUGUUUAUCAGAAUGUAUAUGCAAGUAGCUUUAUAUUUUUGGAUGCUUCAACUGAGAUAUUCCAGGUGUUCUAUUUUGAAAUCUUGCAAAUUAUGCUGUAAAAUUAUUUUUUAGAUUUUUACUUAUCAAAGAAGUAACCAGUAAUAUUAAUCUUUGGCAAGUUUCUUAGACAUACAAAUCAACUGUAGUUUUUAUCCUUUUAAAUAUAUCUAUAAGCAGCAAAGCAAGAUAUACUAACAACAGGUUUGUUCUUUCACCUGCUUCUUGAUGAUAUUUUUCAUCACUUUACUGUUUAUUUACCACAUAAUCUUGUUGAACACUGUUUUCAACUAUAGAACUGCUCUACAGUAGCUUUUUUUUUUACCAUGUUCAGUUGCAAGUCAGUGGCAGUGUGACUGAACUCCUGUUUAAUGUGUUAACAAUAUUCUUUACUGGCAAGAAACAUUAUACAUGUCUCUAAGUGAUAUUUUACAUAGUAGUUUUAUAAUUAGCUAUUUGCUAGUUCUACAAGUUUCUAGUCAUGAAAGUCAAAAUAUUGGAUUUCUCUAGUCGUAAUAAUUAUCACUACAUAAAUUCAGACUAUUUUCAACAAAACACAUACUCCAUGAGGUACUCGUUUCUUCUUUACUGUAAUAUAGUUUUAGCUAAAGUGUUACAUCUGGGAAAAAUAUAGCUUUGAGUAUUAAUGUUGUCAUUUUAUUGUGGUUAAGAACCGGCUCAUUUUAUAUUCUGUUAUUUAAAAAAAGAACGUAUCAGUAUUUUGUUUUUCAGAAAUAAGAUUUAAUUACCUGCUCAUGGAGGAUCUUACAUAUGCAGUGUAGCAGAUCUUCAUUCCACUAUAAUUGGACCAUCAAAAUCAUUGUACCAGCUUUAAGAUUGAUCAGCUGAUUACCAAAAUUGAUCCAAGAUCUUGCUUAGCAAGUUCUACUUGUUCGUAGACGUGAAAGUAAAGAAAAUAUAAAUUUAAUUUAAUGUUUGCAUUGUGUUUCUUCUGUAUCUGUUACUGUAUUGUAGGUAGUACAAGUUUUUGUGUAGCGGUGUAUCAGCUGUAGCCGAAGUGGUGGGUUCAGCUGCUUCAACAUUUGAUUCAAAUUUUUCACCUUCAAAAAAAUUCUCAAUUUAGUCUCCAAGUUUUGUAAUUCAUCUAAAAGUUGAAUCUAAUUUGAGUCAGUAUUUCAGGAAUCGGUCUCAGAUGCUUAGUUAUUUCUCUUGCCCUCCCACCCCACCCCCAGUUUUUGUGAACUGGUGCCACUGUCCAGCUGAUGUGAAAUGCUAUGAUAUAUCAUUGUAUUUUUUUAAACAAUGAAUUUUAGUAGUAAAUUAUGAUGGUUAAUUUAAUGUUGUGUAUUAGUACCAUGAGUUGUUUGGCAACAUUUGGUGAUGCCAUAGAGCUGGCUCCGUGGUCAAACAUUUUAGAAUACGGUUGUGAAGUGUUUGUGCAUUCAUUGUGUUAGAAUAUAAAGAACUAAUUAUAAUUAAGUUUAUCAUGGUUUUAUUAUAUAGGGAAAAUCAAUAUUAAACUUGUCAAUUUGUUAUAUUUACAUUUGCCGACAUGGUUCAAAUGAUCUUAUUUUAAUAAUUGUCAGACAGAAGAAUGAACCACUUAUGGAUGGGUUGUAGAUUUUUGUGAAAGGCUGAGAGUGUAAUUUUUGUUAUUAGUUGAAAAAAGUACAUAUAAUAAUAAUAAUAAUGCAUGGCUUUUAACUAAUGUGUAAUUCAUAAAUCGAACCUAAGUCAAGUAAUGGGCAUCAACAAAACUAAUAGACAUAACAAGAUCUUCAGUAUUGAAUAUGUCCAAGUUUAUUUUCCACACUCAUGCCGUAUAUAAUAGUUGUUCAGAUGAAUCAACAAUUAAUUGGUAGUUGCCAGUGUUGAACCAAUUCAUACUGAUAAUCAGCAUCAGUUACUAUGGAAACAGUUAGAGGUCAGAAAAUUGAGCUUUGUUUUUGAUUUUUUUUAUCAACAAAAAUUAACUAUAAAAUAAAGUUCAAUUUAGCCCCCUUGGUUUGUUUUUUUGGGAAAUGAGCUCAAAAAAAAAAAGGCAGAGUUUCUAAUUUACUUUUUCAUAGACUUUUAUAAUACUUGAUAACAUUCAAAUAAUUCAAAAUACAGUAAGAAAUGGUUUGCCCAAAUCACAGUAGGGGUUAAGCAUCAGUUGUAACUGUCUGCUACAGUACACAUUAGUUAUUGAUCAAGUUUUACAUUUUUAAUUACUUGUUGUUCUAAUGAGGUGAAGUUUAUGUUCCUUGUAGAACUUGAUUGUCAUGGUUCUCUAACAAUGAAUUUAUGAAAGAGGAAAUUUGACUUUUGAGGCAGGCCAAAGAAAGUGUUUUACAUCUGUGGAUAAUUUAUUUUAAGUAACAUCACCUUCCGAUACUUAAAAAAAUAAAAGUGGACUGUGUGAAAAAUAUAACAUUGCCCUAUAUAUAAUUUAAUUUGCAAGGUAAACGUUCGAUCAACUCAGAAAUUUCUUAUGGGAGUAUUCUAGCUGCAGAGAGCAUCAAUUAUUUAAGGAUAAGACUUUAAUCAAUAAUUAGCUAAAUUGCUAAUCACUGCAUCUCUUCCAUAUAUGGUUUAGCAGAGCUCCUUUUCAUUUCUCACAAAAAAUAGUUUAUAUUUGCCCUAUAUAGCUUAUACUUCCAGGAAUAAUUUAUACACGUGAUACGUUAAUUGAUCUUAUUUAAUAAUUGUGUAGUACAACUUAUCUGCUUAAGGGGGGAAUAAAAUAUUAAGAAAAUGUUAUUAAUAAUUUACUUUUGUCAGUUUACCAAUUUGCUUCACAAUUCUGUAACAUAUGCACACAAAGGAAUGUCUAAAAUUGUUAUUCAUUAGUUUUGAUAAAUCUAGAGCAGCUUUAUGAGCUGGUUUUAAAGCACACUGACUGUUCUGGUUACUCAGUAUUCUAAUUAUUUUGUAUAUUUAAUUGAUUUUACAUGAUGAUCUUUAUUUAUAUAUAUAUAUUAAGAAUCACAAUUUUUAACCUACCAGUUUUGACAAAAUGAUUUUAAGAAAAAAUAGCUGAAUAAUUGUCCCAAAGUUAUCAUUUUAUAGCUUUUUUAUUCAUUGUCAUGUGCAGAUUCCAUAAUAGAGCAAAACAAUAACUAUCAUGCAAACGUUACUGCUGGAUUUUUUUUAUAAUAAUUAAUAAAAAAACACCAUUGCAUAUUUUGUUAUUUAUUGUAAACAAAGCUCAGUGAAACCCUAACUUAGAAGAUGGAGAAAUUGUGAUAUCUUAAAGCUCCCAUGCACCAUAUUUUGUAAAUACUUUCUGUACAAGCAGGGGAGUGACGUGUUAUACGUAGAAGAAAACAAUGACUUGAUACAGGUCACUUUGCUUACCCAUAAUGACAAACACUUAUUUAUCUAGCAAUAUUGUUAGAAAGUUCACUUUAGCUUUAAGAGAUUAAUGGAAAAGCAUAAAACUUGUGAUAGACUUUCUUAAUAAAUUAUUCUCGUACAAAGAACAAGGAACUAGAAGUGUCGUUUGUGUUAAACUUAAAUUAGAAAUACUGCCUCUAGCAGAAUGUAUUUUUUGUAAUUUUUUUGAAGAGAUUUUUCAAUAAAGUCAGUGUUGUUAA